ACGCUGGCCAGGUAGUCGAAGAAACUCUGCCAGGUUCCUCUCACGUAACUAUACUCUUCACCUGCGGUACUCUUUGAACACCGGUGACACGAAGAACGCAAACAUGAAGACCGCCAUUUUACUUUGCACGCUCUGCUUCGCCUCUUUCGCGUUGGUGAGUGCCGAGGAUAUGCCCGCUACGUGUAUGGCCAAGUUUGGCCUCAGUAUUAUGGAUCUGCCUGCCUUGAUCCAGGACAACAGCGACGAGGGGAUAAGGAAACGUGGAUGCCUCGAAGCAUGCGCCAUGCAGAAUAUGGGUCUGAUGAACGGUAACACCAUUGACCUAAACAGCCUCGACAGCCAGAUAGACAGAAUUUUGGGAAACAGUGACAGAAAAGAGACAGUGCGUGAUACUGUUCACGAGUGUGCCAAUAAUGCUGCAGACGCGGACGAGUGCGUGGUUGCCCAGAAGUUCGCCAGGUGUGGCCUGGACCAGCUGAAGCUGAGUGUUCAAGAAACACUGCAUAGCGGACAGUAAUAUGUUGCGACGACUAGGAAAAUCCGAAGCAGACCAUAGCUGAAACAACGCUAAACAAUUUGUGAUACGUGUACUUACUUAAAUCGACCACAGGAAUUGCCAGUAAAACGAAAUGCAUCUAAA